CGCUCAGUACUGCUCUCAUUGUACAGAGCGCAGCAGGAGGACUAGGAGCAUAGGCUCCGCUUAAGCUUCAGCUCAGGGAAGAUAGAUUUCCCAUGACUCUCUCUCUUUUUCUCCCUCUCUCUCCCUGCCUCCCUCUCUCGCUCUCUUUUUCUGUCUCUGUCCCCCCCCCUUGUCUCUAUCACACGCUCUCUCUUGUGCUGCUUCUUGCUGAUUCCCACCCCAAGAGUUCCUCUUUAUUCCCCUCUUUUGUUUUUUUUCAAGACCUUAAAGGAUAUCCAGUCGCGCAUCACUGUGCAAUAACUGCACUUUAUUUCUGGGAUGUUUACAGAUGGUUUUUAUUGACUGAAAUGACAUGCUUUUUUGCAUUUGAUAUGAGGAGAGAGAGGGAGCGUAUUGCUAUCCGUGUCACCCUCUGAAUAUUUGCUGCAGCUGCUGGCGAGCUGCUCGCCAAGAAGCCACUGCAUAUGUGGUCACCCUGAGCAAAAAGGGAAGGCAGUGAAUGGAUUUUCUUGCAAUGGUUCUCUGCAUCUGACAAUAUUCCAAAUCCAUCUUCCACACAGGAUCCUGUUCGUUUCCAGUGCUUUUUGUCUUUAACAGGAUUGUUUUUUUUUCCUGUGCUGAGGAAUUUUGGAAUUGUUUUCGCUUCCAAAGUGGAGGUCAGUUGACAUCUUUAGCGUCAAGCUCACAUCUUAAUAUGAUAUAAGCUUAACGAUUGCUUGAUUUUUGUCAGCGUGUUGGUACGUGUGUGCGUGACAUCUUGUGUGAGUCAUUUUUCUAAUAUAUCAACUCUCUCCUCGACUUUUUUGUUCACCUCAAGGCUCACCAUGCAAACGUAAAUGCCGGAUCCAUGUAUUAACAAGCACUUUUGGUUGUAAACAUGCUGAGCGGUGUCCUCUUUCUGAGCGUCCUCACGGUCACCAGCCUGUCGCCAUCUGAGACGGAGAGCCGCAAAACUUCAGCCUCCAAAGAUAUCUGCAAGAUCCGCUGCGCCUGCGAGGAGAGAGAGAACAUUUUGAAUAUUAACUGUGAGAAUAAAGGAUUUACCACCGUCAGCCAGUUCCAGGCACCCCCAAAUAAGAUCUCACAGCUUUUUCUAAAUGGGAACUUCCUGUCUCGUAUUGGUGCAAAUGAGUUUGUCAAUUAUGGCAAUGUCACCUCUCUGCAUCUGGGCAAUAAUGGAUUACAGGAGAUCGGGAGCAAUGCUUUUCAGGGGCUGCGCUUCUUAAAGAGGCUGCACUUGAACAACAACAACCUGGAGGGGAUAAAGGAAGACAUGUUUGCGGGACUCGAGAGUAUGGAGUAUUUACAGGCAGAUUAUAAUUAUAUCAGCACCAUUGAACCAGGCGCUUUCAGUAAACUGAACAAGCUUAAAGUCUUGAUCCUCAAUGACAACCUCCUGUUGUCUUUGCCUCCAAAUAUCUUCCGCUUCGUGCUCCUUACCCAUUUGGAUUUACGUGGCAACAGGCUCAAGACUUUGCCCUUUGCAGGGGUUCUGGAGCACAUUGGUGGGAUCAUGGAGAUCCAGCUGGAAGAAAACCCGUGGAAUUGUACUUGUGAUCUGAUUCCUCUAAAAUCCUGGUUGGACACUAUUUCAGUCUUUGUGGGGGACAUUGUAUGCGAGACGCCAUUCAGGCUCCACGGUAAAGACAUCACGCAGCUGAUAAAGCAGGAUCUGUGCCCACGCAGAAAUGCUGGCGAGCGUGCUCACCCUGCCUCUGACUCUCACUUCCAAGGGGCGCUGCCCGCAACCUACCUCCCCGGCAUGAUCUCCCCCACGCGUCUCCCUAAAGCCUCGCGACCCCCUAAAAUGCGCUACCGGCCGACUCCUCGCAUCGCAAAGGACAAACACGUCUUUGGGCCUAUAAUGGUUUACCAGACACGCUCGCCUGUGCCUAUAUUGUGCCCCAGUGUGUGUGUGUGCACAUCCCAAAACCCGGACAGUGGGCUGAACAUCAACUGUCAAGAGCGGAAGUUGCAUAACAUCAGUGAGUUGAACCCAAAGCCCUCGUACCCAAAGAAACUGCACCUGACCGGUAACUACCUUCAAGUGAUCUACAGACCCGAUCUGACGGAGUACAGUCUGCUGGAGCUGCUUCAUUUAGGAAAUAACCGGAUCGCGGUGAUUCAGGAAGGCGCAUUUGAGAACCUGACAAAUCUGAGGCGGCUCUAUUUGAACGGGAAUUACAUCGAGUCGCUUUCGCAAUCGCUUUUUGCCGGCCUGCAAUCGCUCCAGUAUCUGUAUUUGGAAUACAAUGUCAUCAAAGACAUUUUACCGCAGACCUUCAACGCUUUACAUAACCUUCAGCUGCUUUUUCUCAACAAUAACCUGCUGAGAUCACUGCCUGACAACGUCUUCGGGGGCACCAUGCUAACGCGACUCAAUUUAAGGAAUAAUCACUUCUCCUAUCUGCCCGUUAAGGGUGUGCUUGACCAGUUAUCGGCAUUUAUCCAGAUUGACCUCCAGGAGAACCCCUGGGACUGCACCUGUCACAUUGUGGCACUCAAAAACUGGAUGGAGCUGUCCAGCACCAGUGUCGUGGUUAAUGAAAUCACUUGUGACUCACCCUCUAAGCACGCUGGUCGCCUGCUGCGCUCACUGCGCAAUGAGGCCAUCUGUCCCGAGCCAAGCCAAGAGCCCCCACCUCAAUAUGCCCCCCCUACCAAAGCCCCGACAUUUGUGAGUCCCAGUACUGAGUCACCAACACCCUCUUCCUCCUCUUCUUUCAGCUCAGUCAGACCCACUGAAUCCCGACUGCAAACCCCUGAGCUGCAUCCAGAAGUCCCGCUUUCAGUUCUCAUUCUAGGGCUUCUUAUUGUUUUCAUCCUGUCAGUCUGUUUUGGAGCAGGGCUCUUUGUCUUUGUUCUAAAACGACGCAAAGGGGUGGAACAUGUCCCAACGGGCUCUAACAAUAUAGAUCUGAACUCCUUCCAACUGCAGUAUGGCUCCUACAAUCCAGAACCAACCCAAGAUAAAAAUUCCCAAAGUCAUGUGUAUAAUUACAUCCCCCCACCCAUGGGUUCUAUGUGCCAAAACCCAAUUUACAUACAAAAAGAUGGCGAGCAAGUGGCAUUUUACCGUAACCUCAAGGAGCUAAGCUUUGGGCCUCUGAAUGCAAAGAAAGAUGAUAUUCUUACACGCAGCUCGGGAGCUUUUACCAUCGGCACAGUGGAUUUUAAGGACAAAUCGCCAACAUCGCCGCCGGAAAUGUUAUAUCAAAAUGUAGGCGAGAGGCCCAACAAGGAGCUUCCAACAGCAGCUGGUACCUCACCCUUCAGUUAUAAUUUCUGCACUUUACCCAAAAGACCUUGCAUCGUGCCCCCCUACGAGGCUGCCACAGCCCCGCGACAUGUCACCAACCAAGACAUGUUAAGCAAAACUGUGGUGUACGGAACCCCCAGGAAAUGCUUUGGGGUCGAGCUCCCUUCCAAAAACAGUGAGCACCAAUUUCUUCUUCAUGGGAAGCUAAAAACAGAACCGGACUAUCUGGAAGUUCUGGAGAAACACACGGCUAUGAGCCAGCUGUAAGAUAAUGAUGUAAUAUCCUCCCAAGCUCCGCCCCCUCCACCAAGGAUCUUUGGAACAUUCAUAAUGAUUAUAAAGUGUCAAUUAGCAACUGUUAUUAUAGCCCACUAUAUCGCUGUCUUAUCUCUGUGUUGAAGCUCAGAUGAUGGACGGAAAACAAACUUAUUAUUACGGAUUACAUCUCUUCUAUUUUCUUUCCAAUAUGUAUAAAAGAAGUAUAUUAGAAUCCCGUUCUAUUUUUUUUUCCUAGAGAGUAUAAAUUUUUCCUUCUUCCUUCCUCAAAGUAAAUCCCUGAAGACCUGAAUGAUGGCAAGACUGUGUAAAAUAUAUGGCCUUGUGCAUUGUUUUUUUUAACACGGAAUUUUAUUUUUCCCAAGACAAAGAAAAUAUGAAUCAAUGGGUCUUUGUAGAUGGAGAAAAAGCUGCAGAAUGACAUUCCUGUACAUACAUAGACUGCACAUAUAAAAGGUGAGCGUUAACCCAUCAAAAAUAACCUCUUGAAAUGUACUGAGCAAACUCACUGCAUUCACUCCAUGUGCCUUUGCACUCCGUUUUUUUGUCAUUGAUGUUCUCUGCCGAUUGAUUUUAACUGGAAAGUGUAUUUUAAGGAAGCAAAUCUUUAUGUAAAUUUUUAAAACAAUAUAUUUGUCAGCUCGGGAAAAAAAGCAAAGUAAAUGUACUUGAAAAUGGCUGUGACAUGCUCUAUAUCUUUUGACCAGGACAUGUAUUUUAAUUCAGUAUUGUCUUUGGCUAUGUACAACUUUGAAACAAACAUUGUAUGCUAUGAGGGAGCAACAUAGAAUGGUACAAUUGCGCCAUUAAAUUU